AUGAGGUGCAAUGGCUGCGGAAACGACAACUUUCGCCUGGACGAAAUUUCUGGGCGCUACGUCUGCACGUCUUGUUGGCAAGUUUCGGACUUUUUUGAAGGAAUGACUCAGAAUACGGAGGAAGUUGACGGAAGUUCCUACGGCCUGCGUGUUAUAGACACGGGUGUUCAUACAAACAGGAACGGUUUUCUGCAUCACUCCGUUAUUUCUCAGUCUGGUGUGUUUGAGGCUCACUCACCAGUGCAACCAGUUACCAAAGAAGAAUCUAAGCAGGAACAUAAUGAUGGAGGCAAUGGAGCGAAUAUGAAUGCUGUCGAUUCGGUGGAAGUGUCUCAAGUGAAGAAAUCACGCAGUGAGGCUCAACGCAUUCGCAGCAAUCUGCGGAAAUGGCGGAUGAGUGAACCGUUCACUCUUCUACUCCACCAUCAGUUGAAGGAGAUUAUCCGCACCCACCUCUCAUCUGAAUCAUCAUCGCCUCCAGGAAUUGUUGAUCGGAUGUCUUCUCUUGUAAAGUCUCUGUGGAUGAACUAUAUGUGUAUAACAGGCGAACUGGGAGGUGAUAUGUGGGCACUGGCAUUCCGUCGGGUGUCGGCUGGCAUUCGCGCAACAUUGUCUUCAAGAGAGGAUUACAUAAGGGUGUAUAACUCGGAGGGUCGGAGUUGCGUCAAUCAGGUGCUUCCUCGAAUUGGCCGAAGCGGAGAAUGCGUGGACGAAAUGGUUCAGUUGUCACGAAUUCUUGAGUCCAAACUAGGCCAAGGUUUCCAUUGGGCUGGCUGGGGACCUCUCUACUGUCCCAACGAACCUCAACACGUGAAUAAUCCUUUCUUCCUGUUUGAAACUACGUUAGAGUGGAAUAUUGCUCAUUUUCGCCUCCUGUUAAUACGAUAUUUUGCUAGUUUUGGUGAAGAAGUCGAUGAUUUGACGGUGAACGACGAAGUCGAUGAGACCUUGGCAUCCUGCGAUUUGGGUGAUUUAGACACAGUCGGUGUCCGGGAAUCUGGCAAGCGUCCACGGCGUGGUUCUGGGCGAGUAUCCGCCCCUUCGAGAUCACCGGAACAGGAGUCGCGAUCCGAGACACCUUGCAAAUCGGGAGAUCUAAAGCAUUUGGCACACAUGUGGAAGGAGAUGAUCGUUGAAAACUUAUUAAAGAAACAUCCAAAGAAAGAGGUGUUUUGGCACGGCCAGUUGGGACAGUUUAGGUCGAAUUGGCUUCUCGAAUACAACCUGAGUGUUCUGUUUCUCUCGGCUUUGUUAUCGUUGACGGUUAUUACCGAAGAGAGAAUUCCAAUUUGUCGGCAUGACUUCCUUUCUCUGUACGAUCUAAUGUGUCUUUGCAAAGACAGGGAAAACUUCCCCUACCUUGCGGCGGAAAAAUGGACAACACCUCAUUUCUCUGCCUACAACUUCAACACACAAAUGUACUUUAAACGAUCACAACCACCUGACUUGCUUAUCCUUACUCGAAUCACCAAUCAGCUAACUACUAUGCUUGGCAUCAUCGAACGGCCGAGACUCCCUCUUUGUUCGAUUGUCCAUCGUUUUCUGCGACAACUGGGGUUCCCACCAGAGGCCCACGAAAUAGCCAAUUCCCUAAUUACAAAGUUGGGCAGAUGUGUGAAGUCCAGUGUCACCGAGAAAGGCCUGGGCAUGCAUUACCUUCUGCCUCUUCACCGGUACUUUCGCGGCGAAGUGUUCGCCAUGGCUGUGGUCGUUGUAACCGCGCGUCUACUUUUCAAGUUGAACGGCGACUACGAGCAUCGUUGGAGCAACGUUGCACGGUUUCUCGCGGAAACCCCCCAGGCGCGCGAAGCUCUUGAGGACGCACUCGGUAGCGCUCGUGAUGUCGAAAUGAAGAAUCGAACCAUUCCAUUUGAUUGGUCCACAUGGGUCUGUAACCUGCCACGUGGCAUGCCGAGUAUCCGAAGGCCGCGUUCCUACUGUCGACAGAGCGGUGCCCCUCUGAGUUCGGUGCUGAGCCAUGCUCAGUUAGUGCGGUUGGCACGAAGUACGGAUGAAUUCCUCGGCCCCGCAGCCUCCUUUAAUCCUCAAACAGAUGAGGGCUGGGGAGAAAAGCAUGGGACUGCUAGACGUCACGCUUCCAAAGAGGUCAAAUUAAGCCUGACCGACCCGAUUAGCCAGGUGGUUGACGAUUUAUCUGUUGUGGCUUCGGAAAGAGUCACAGUACAACCCCAAGCGGAAGAGACCCCGAUUCCACUUCCCUGUAAAUCCUGCACUUUCUACUCAAAAUAUUGUACUUUCUUCCGCACGUCGACGGAAACCGAAAAGAAGAGCCAGUGGACUGAGCUGAAUUGCGAUGCUCUUGUCCGUGCUGCUCGCUUUAUUCACCAGAAUAAGAUUUCUGCGUCGGAAUUCCUAGCUAAAGUAUCUCCGCUCACAACUGGACGAGAUGCUAUCUACAAUGACUGGCUGUAUCUUCUAGAAAAUUUCGAUUCCUAUAGUCCAGUUAGUGAGCUUGAUUUUUCGAUUGGAUUGGUGACUAAUCCUUUAUCGGCCCCUUAUCCGCCUCCGGUACGAGAAUUCGUCGAAGAUCAUGAACAGCGCCUCUUCGAAUUUAUGUCUGGGAAAAAAGUCAACCCGAAUUCCUCAAUUCGCGUCUCCUUGGCUUCGCAGGAGUCCACAAAGAAGGCUACCAACCGAGCUAACGCCUCAAUUUAUUGGUUUUUGGAAGCAGCCUGCUGGAUUUGCGGAGCCAGAAUGCCUCAACUUUUGACUGAAAUUAAUUGCAUUGAGCAGUUGCUCGAAUUCUUUCACGAUGCCACCCAGAGUACGCAUGUGCGUUUAAAAAAUGUGGCUCUUGCAUUUCACUUUGAUUACACCGUGUUUCGGUAA